GGCUGAUGCAAUGGCUCGGCAACCAAAAUCACGUGGCCUCCCCGGAAAGGGCAGAAGGCGACCAGGGCGCUGCCAUUAAGGGCAAAGAUGACGUCAUCGUGGUCUCAUUUCCAUCAAAGCAGACAGGUUGCAGAUCGCCAGGAACAUUGGAAACUCCAAGCAACUUAACAUAAAAGCAGCAGCAUAAAUUUAAAUAUAUUAUUACAGUAGAGUAAGAAACCAUGGCAUACAGCCUCUACGCUCAUCAGAUGGAACCAAAAUUCUGAAGGACAAAACAUCAAUUGCACUACGUUGGAAAGAGCACUACCAGAACCUGCUGAAUCGCAGCUCCAAUGUGGCCGAAGAGACCCUCUCACAAAUCCCGCAACAACAAACCAGGGAUAAGCUUGCAGCACUACCUAGUUUGGAAGAAGUUAGCAAUGCCAUCACCCAACAAAAAAACAACAAAGCCAGCGGACCUGAUGGGAUCCCUGCUGAAAUCUUCAAAACGGGUGGACCUGAGCUGAUACAACAACUCCACCAGCUCAUUGAAAAGGUGUGGAUGACUGAGAAAAUCCCAGCUGACUUCAAGGAUGCCACCAUCAUCACCCUUUUCAAGAAAGGGGACAGAACAGACUGUGGGAACUAUCGCGGUAUCUCCCUUCUAACCUCCGCUGGGAAAAUCCUCGCAAGAAUCCUUGCAAACCGCCUUCUCCCUGUCUCAGAAGACACCCUCCCAGAAUCCCAGAAUGGCUUCCGCCCCUCCAGAGGAACAGUGGACAUGAUCUUCACUGCUCGACAGCUCCAAGAAAAAUGCAGGGAACAAAACCAACCUCUGUACAUGGCAUUCAUUGACCUUGCAAAGGCAUUCGACACAGUGAAUCGCAGCGCUCUCUGGACCAUUCUCCAAAAAAUCGGGUGCCCUGACAAAUUUGUGAACAUCCUGCGGCUCCUCCAUGAUGACAUGAUGGCAACAGUCUUGGACAGCAACAGUUCCCAAAGUGACCCAUUUAAGGUGGAAUCAGGUGUCAAGCAGAGAUGUGUUAUUGCCCCCACCUUAUUUUCCAUCUUCAUCGCUAUGAUACUUCACCUUGUUGAUGGGAAGCUUUCCACCGGAGUGGAAAUCAUCUAUUAGACAGAUGGCAAGCUAUUUAACUUCAGCAGACUGAAAGCCAAAACCAAGGUCACCACAACAUCUGUUAUAGAACUCCAAUAUGCCGAUAACAAUGUAGUCUGUGCUCACUCAGAAGAAGACCUACAAGCCACUCUAAACACCUUUGCAGAAGCAUACGAGAAGCUCGGCCUCUCACUGAACAUCGAGAAAACCAAAGUGCUCUUCCAACAGGCACCAGCUAAUCCCUCUGCAAUGCCAGGAAUACAGCUUAAUGGUGUCACAUUAGAAAUCGUUGACCAUUUCCGCUACCUUGGCAGCCACCUCUCCACAAAAGUCAACAUUGACACUGAAAUACAACACCGCCUGAGCUCUGCGAGUGCAGCAUUUUUCCGAAUAAAGCAGAGAGUGUUUGAUGAUCGGGACAUCCGUAGAGAGACCAAGGUGCUUGUUUAUAAAGCCAUUGUCCUCCCAACCCUGCUCUACGCCUGCGAAACGUGGACUGUCUACAGACGUCACACUAAACUCCUGGAGCGUUUCCAUCAGCAUUGCCUCAGGAAAAUCCUGCAAAUCUCUUGGGAAGACAUGUGGACAAAUGCCAGCGUGCUGGAAGAAGCAAAGACCACCAGCAUUGAAGCAAUGCUCCUACGCCAUCAACUCCACUGGACUGGCCACGUUGUCCGAAUGCCCGAUCACAGUCUCCCAAAGCAGCUACUCUAUUCCGAACUCAAGAACGGGAAACGUAAUGUUGGUGGGCAGGAAAAGAGAUUUAAAGACGGGCUUAAAGCCAAUCUUAAAAACUGUGGCAUAGACACUGAGAACUGGGAAGCCCUGGCCCUUGACCACUCUAAUUGGAGGUCAGCUGUGACCAGCAGUGCUGCGGAGUUCGAAGAGGCACGAACGGAGGGCUUAAAGGAGAAACGUGCCAAGAGGAAGGAGCGUCAAGCCAACCCUGACCGAGGCCGCCUUCCACCUGAAAACCAAUGUCCUCACUGCGGGAGAAUAUGCAGAUCAAGAAUAGGUCUCUUCAGUCACCUGCGGACACACCCCCAAAACCCUAUAACUGGAGAACCAUCAUCCUCGGCCUACGAGGGAUCGUCUAAGUGUCCCAGCCUCAGGCAGGUGAGCAGACAAGGCCAAUGGUAAGCAUACUUCGCCUUCUUUGGCACCACUGAUCUGUAUUUACCAAUUCCCUGAACAAAGUCCAGAGGAGUGAGAGUGAAUUGCAGGAUGGCUCCGCUGGCUCGCAGUGUUCUCGUGACGGGCUCCAAUCGGGGAAUUGGGCUGGAACUAGUCAAACAGCUUGCAGAGAGGGCCGAUCCACCAAAGCACAUCUUUGCCACUUGCCGUGACCCCGAAGGACCCAAGGGAAAGGCCCUGCACCAACUGGCUGAAAAACACUCCAACAUUCAUGUGGUUCAACUAGAGGUGGAGAACCAGUCCAGUGUGGAGGCUGCUGUCGCAGUGGUGGAAUCUCAUCUGAAGGGCGAGGGCCUGAAUUUGCUCAUCAACAAUGCAGGAGUGAACUCCUAUGCCACUUUACAAACUGUGGAACGACAAGAAAUGCUCUCUGCCUUCAACACAAAUGUAGUGGGGGCGAUUUUUGUGGUUAAAGAAUUCCUGCCUCUGCUCAAGAGGGCAGCUAAUGCGACAGGAGCAGAGGAAAUGAACUGCAGCAAGGCAGCAGUCAUCAAUAUAACCUCCAAACUGGCUUCCAUUGAACGAGGAUUUGAGGUUUUUCAUGACCCAAUGUACCCAUAUCGUGCAAGCAAGGUAGCUCUGAAUAUGGUCACUGUAUGCCUUGCCAGGGAACUGAAAGCAGAUGGGAUCUUAUGCACUGUGAUCCAUCCGGGCUGGGUGAAAACAGACAUGGGAACAGACAAGGCACCCAUAACUGUGCAAGACUGUGUGCAAGGCAUCCUCCAAGUGCUCGCCUCUUUAUCGUCAUCAUCAACAGGAGCCUUUCUGGACUGGGAAGGGAAGAGUCUCCCUUGGUGAGGAGACUUCCCAUCUGAACCUGCUUGUCUUUCCAGAACAGAUAAUGAAAUUAUUUUCAAUUUAGAAAGACCUUUGCUACUGAGAUGCUCAACACCCCCGUUGUUUGUACUUGUAUUGCAAGAAUGAAUCCCUUUUUGGAGAAACGGGAAUGUCUAAUUAACUGUGUACUAUAUUUCAAACCAAUAAAUAAGGUGCCUAUAUUUUGCUGAAAA